AUGUUCAUCUUCCGCGUGUUGAACACCGUUCCCUACAGUAAUGAGGUAGCAGUAAAAGAUGUGAUCGCGCACAUCCACUCAUUCUUCACCUGCAAUCUGUUGAUCGGACUGGCCGUGCUCGUUUCGUGGAAACAAUUCGGGGGGAAACCGAUUGAAUGUAUGGUGCCGACUGAUUUCACAUCGGCUUGGGUGCAGUACGCGGAGAAUUUUUGCUGGUCGCAGGACACGUAUUUUGUGCCGUUGACCGAGCACGUGCCGACGGAUGAGAGUAUUCGCAAGAGCUCGCCAAAGAUUUCCUACUACCAAUGGAUGCCAUUCUUCCUGCUUUUCAAUGCGGCAUGUUUCAAGCUCCCCUGCUUCAUCUGGAAAUAUUUUGCCAGCCAGUCCGGGAUGCGCGUCGGAGAGAUUUUGCGUGUAGCGUGCGAUGAGGAAAAUGCUGUCCCACAAGUGAAAAAGGCGAAUAUCGAAGCUUUAUGCACCCAUCUACAAGGCGGCCUCCGUUUUCACAAGCGACUCCAUCAUAAAAACAUCCUCCCGCACAAAUUCCUACGGUUUUUGAAUCUGAAGUACUCCACCUACUACGUCACUUUCAUUUACUUUGCCGCCAAAUUGGCUUUUUUGCUGAACGUUGGGCUGCAAGCAAGGUUGCUGAAUCGGUACGUCCUCCCCGAACAAACGUCAGAUUUCGGUUGGGAUGUGUGGAAGACGUUGGCAUUCUCGGAAAACCACACCCUCCACGAUAAUGGUCUAUUCCCAAGGGUAUCACUAUGUGAUUUUGAUGUGCGCGAGACGGCAAAUAUCCAAACACACACCGUCCAAUGCGUUCUCAUCAUCAAUAUUUUCACCGAGAAGAUAUUCAUCGUUUUGUGGGCAUGGUACCUAUUCCUGAGCGCAUUCACGGCUGCGAAUCUUGUUUCGUGGCUGUGGCUCGUGUUUUCCGAGACUUCAAAGGAACAUUUUGUCAUUUCACAUCUCGAGAUGGCCGAGAAAGAGUUUGAUAAGAGUAUAUUACAAGACCGCGCAAAAGUGGACAAAUUCUUGAACGCGUAUCUUGGGAUGGAUGGGAUUUUUAUAUUGCAGCUAAUAAACCAGCACGCGGACGUGAUUUUCAUCACGGAAUUGGUGGGGGCACUGUUUUCGAAGCACGAGGAGAUUGAAGCGAUAAAACGGAUGCGAAAGCUGGAAUUUGCGACAAAAGAGAGUACACCGACGGAUAGUCGAGCCAAUUCGCGACAAGCCGUUCGAAGGGACAGUUAUUUGCCGGGAAAAGCGAUGUUGGCCAGAAAUGAAUCGCUAAAACACGGCUUUGACAGCGCCCCCCGGAUCAAUGAAUUCGAAUUGCUGGAUCCACCCCGGAAGGCAUUUGAAGAUAGUGAUGAUGAAGAGAAGGGAAAUGGAAAGAAGAAAAAGGAAAAGAAGGAAAAGGAGAAACAUCAUGCAAAAGCAGAGAAAAGAGGAUCGAUUCCCUCGCCGCCAACAGUGCCGCUGCUGCCCAAUGUUUUCAAGAAAAAUGAGGAGCAACCCCGCCGAGACGACAUCCAGCUUCGUCGCAAUCUAUUCUGGGGUGGACAUCAUGGGGAUCCAGGAAGAGCCGAUCCAUUCCCUCAUCCUGCAUAUUCUAAGUUUCACGGCGAUCAUCCAAGGCCGAAA